AUGUCAGGACAAAGAGCGAUUCUCAAAUUACUGUUGAAACAGGGGGCCGAGGUUAUGAAUUCUGAUGGUGAAUCUCAUACGGCCCUACACUAUGCCGCUUCCUUCGGACACGCUGAAAUUGCAAAGCUCUUACUUGAAAAUAGUGCCAGUACUUCUGAAAAGUCACUAUUGCGUACCGCAGUAAUUAAUGGGCACGUAAAAAUGGUCAUGCUCUUGCUUGACCGUGGUGCCGAUAUUUCUGCUACAACGGACGACGGGCAAACGCCACUCCAUCGAGCGGCGGUAUACGGUGGUGAUGUAAAAGUAGCCGAGCUCUUGCUUGACCGUGGCGCUGAUAUAUCUACUACAACGGACGUCGGGGGGACGCCACUCCAUGUAGCGGCGUUUUACGGCCAUGUAAAGAUGGCCGAGCUCUUGCUUGACCGUGGUGCUGAUAUUUCUGCUGCAACGGACGGCGGGGAAACGCCACUCCAUGCAGCGGCACUCCGCCGGAAUUGGGAUGUGUACGAGCACUUGGGGAGUAUGGUUUAUCUCUUGGAGAUCUCUUGGACGGCACGGGAACACCACAACAUCUUGAGGCGUCGGGCAUGUUUGGAGAGUUAUUUAAGUGGUUGGUUGAUCGUGGUGCCGACCCCUACGCUAAAGAUGACGAUGGACAUACACCACAAGACUGCAUGCAUCUCUAUUGCAAUAUCGACAAAUCUGACUAUUAGCGAUAAAAUCACGACAAAGCAAAAUACCCAAAACAGCGGUUUUCAUUGA